GCAGGUGUCUGCUGGUCAACAUUUACAGUUAAGUGGUGAUAUUAAGGGAAAUGUUUCCAUUGCAACCCAACAAGGAAUGUAUUUCAACCAGUCUGCACCCAACGCACAGCAAGCUUCUGCCGGUCAACCUCAAAAUUCAAGUAGCAACGGUCAGCAAAACCAACAGACAGGUUCAGGUUUGCAAAGUCAGACGAAUCAGCAAAGUCAAAAUGUACAGCAACCAGGUGUUCAUUUAUCAAGUAGUCAAUUAUCUAAUGCACAAAAUCCUAAUCAAGGACCAUAUGGUAAUCUACCAGAUUUACAUGGAUCAACUAUGUCUGCUAAUGGACCAGGUGUUGGUAUGAUGGGUGCAGGUGGUAUGGGAGGGUCAGGAGUUAUACCGCUUUCGUCAGGCCACAAUGUUGGUAUGGGUGGAAAUCAACAUCAAAGCGCAAUGGGUGAUAUGUAUUCUAUGACACAAACUCAAACUAUAAAUUUUACACAGCAGUCAUUAAGGCAGAGGGUCAAUGGGCCAAAUGGAAUUCCGUCGUCAAUGGGGCCAAACGCCGCACAAAUUGCUUCAAAUGGAUUAAUGACUGGCAAUGUACCAAUGGGAGCUGGAGGGCAAAUGGGAAAUACUAUGGGACCAAGGCAUAUGACACAACAAACUUUAGAACAACAAAAAUUAUUGCAACAGCAACAACAGCAGCAAAUGCUUAGAGCACAACAAGCACUAAUGCAACAACAAAUGGUUCGACCGCCACCUCCGGAUUAUAAAACCAGUGCAGGAAUGAUGCAAGGCAUGCAGCCACGUUACCAAACUGGGCCGCCCACCUCUAGACGAAUGCCUCAACCAAUGCCACCUUCAGGUCCUAUGAUGAGAUCUCAUAAUAUGUACGUCAUGCAGCAGCAGCAUAUGUCUGCUCGAACAAUGUAUCCCAGGCAACAAAGUCCAAUCGGAGGACCCGACUCAAUGCCUCAACAUGGCAGUGCAGAGUGGAGGCAUUUAAUAAUGUCGCAACAACAAAAUGCAAACUUUAAUUCACAAAUCAGGCCUAAUUUUCAUCAAGGUGGUGGUUAUAGUAUGAACACUGGAACUAUGCAAAUGACAGGUCUUCAACACCAACAAAUGAGAACGCAGGGUAUGCUGUCAGGAGGAUUGGGUGGGCAAAGUAUGGCACAAAAUCAAGGUUUGGGCCAAAAUCCAAUGCAAAUGAAUAAUAUAAAUCAGCAAAUGUUGCAUAUGCAACAACAGCAAGCGCUUAUGCAGCAACAAUCAUCUAACCAGAUGUCAUUAACAAACAUGUCAAUGCAACAGAGUCAAUCAUUAUCAGUUUCAACUCAAAGUCUUCAACACCAACAACUCGGCAAUCACCAACAAUUAAUGAACAAUCCAUCCAAUAAUAAUCAAUCUAGUUCUUUAAGCAAUUUUAAUCCUCAAGCUGCUGACUUCAACUUAGAUUUCCUCGAAAAUUUACCUACAACUGACUCUAGCGGUUUUACGGAGCAAGAGUUGCUUAAUUCAUUUGAUAGUGAUCCUGGAUUUAAUCUGCAGGAUAUAUUGUGAAAACAAUACAUCUGUUAAUCAUUUUGUUUGUAUAUAUGCAUUUAUUGUCUGUUGCGAUUUUAUUCAGUUAUUUAUGUUGCAAAUUUAUUGUGUGAUGUAAUUCGUUUUUUAUUGUUUGUAUGUAAUAUUAAUUUGAAUGUGGAGAAAUUAGAAUUGAAAUUGAUUCUAAUAUAAACGUAAAUGUGAAUAGUGAAAUUCCAAUUUUUCAUAUAAAAUCACUGCCAGUGAAGAAUACUAACAUAGAGCUGUGAAAUUACAUGAAGUGAAUAGUUUUAUUUAUUGUGCAAGUCUCGAUAUGUGUGUAACUAUAAUAAUGUAAUGACAACAUCUCCAAACUGAUGCCUUUAAAAUUUGUGGCAGUAGUGAAUGUACUCCAUACCAAAAUGUAUAUUGUGAAUUAUUGUCACUAUAAUUAUAUACAUAAAUACCAAUUAAAUGAACCGUGAUAGUCCAUUGUUUCUGUAAUACAACUGUAUAGGUAAAGUAGUGCAAUGUACAAAGCUAAUCAGCAAUAUAUGGAAUGUUUUAAGAUUAUUCUAUUAUACAUUUUAAAAUCGGUACCAAAUAUUCAUAUCGUCAACUUUGUAAUUAGAAAUGUUUAUAUAUAUGCAAAAAUAUGGCGACUUUAGUCUAUAUAAGUAAGUUUUGAUAUCAGACUGUUUUGUAACUGGUCCUGGUCAACAAGUGGGCAUUAAUUACUUUUUUGAUUUAUGUUGGUAUAUUUUGCAAGGUAAUAUUUCCCAAAACAUUGUUACUUCAUGACUAUAAAGCAUAAACUGUGUCAAUAAGGAAUUUACGAAAAUUGAAGGACCUCAAAAUAAAACAGGGUAUUUCUUACCUAUUUCUAUUUCUAAAUAUUUCUGCCGUAGUCGUAUUAUUAUGUUUGGGCAGAUUGUAGUUAAAACUAAAUUCGUGUGUCCAUAUCGC